AUGGCCCAAUUGCAUUCCCGCGAUGGCAUCUCGACAGUUGAGCCACCCCUAUCUCAGGCAGUCGGAUAUGUUGUCGUCGUUGCAAUCGGUAUCAUUGUUGCCUUUGUUAUGAUGCUGGUCACAAAGAUUCUCAAGAAGACCACCGGUGAAGAUAAUAAAAAGACGGAAAUGUUCAUGACGGCCAAUCGAACUGUUCGAACUGGUCUAACUGCGUCAGCUGUGAUUUCGUCCUGGCUAUGGUCUACCGCGCUGCUCGGAUCUUCAUUUGUCGGUUAUAGCUAUGGCGUUGCCGGGCCCUUCUGGUUUGCUGCCGGUUGUAGCCCCAUGAUUGUCUUCUUCGCGCUGCUCGGUAUCUCUUGCAAGAGAAAGAUCCCCGAGGCCCACACCUCCUUGGAGGUCGUUCGAAUUCGCUAUGGUCGGGUGGCUCAUAUCGUAUUUAUGGUCCUUUGUCUCAUUAACAACAUCUUUGCGUGCGCCAACAUGCUCCUGGGAGCCGCCGCGGUGAUCACAGCUGUCUCUGGAAUGCAUAUAAUUGCUUCGACUUUCCUUCUUCCGGUCGGAGUGACAAUCUAUACUUUUGUGGGGGGUAUCAAAGCAACAUUCUUGACUGACUAUUUUCACACGGCAAUUAUCUUAAUCAUUGCAUGCUACUUCUCCGUCAAAGCCUUCUCGACCGAUCAGGUCGGUUCCAUUGAGAACUUAUUUGAGCUGGUCCAGGCAGCAGCCCAGCGGCACCCAGUUGCCGGGAACCAAGGUGGAACCUAUCUAACAAUGACAUCGAAAAGCGCAAUCCUGUUUGCAAUUCUGCAUACCUGUUCCAAUUUUGGUCUUGUAAUUAUGGACACGAGCUACUUUAUCAAGGCUUUCUCGGCAUCUCCAUCUUCAGUGGUGCCCGGAUAUACCAUUGGAGGCAUUGCUUACUUUGCCAUCCCUUGGGCCCUAGGUACUGUAAUGAGCUCCGUAGCGCUCGGCCUGGAAAAUCAACCAAAUUUUCCGACUUUUCCGAGAAGAAUGACCUCUUCAGAGGUCAGCAACGGCCUCGUGCUGCCCUAUGCCGCGGUCACAAUUGCAGGCAAAGGCGGUGCUGCAGCCUCGCUAUUGAUAACCUUCAUGGCUUGCACUUCAACUCUCUCAGCACAAGUCAUCGCUGUCAGCUCUAUUCUCAGCUUUGAUGUGUAUCGUGAAUACUUCAAAAAGUCAGCAACCGACCGAGAGUUGAUCAGGUCCAGUCACUUUGGCGUGGUUUUCUUCGCUGCCUUCUCCGCUGGGUUCAGCACAAUGCUACAUUAUGUUGGGAUUGACCUUGGUUGGACACUUUACAUGCUUGGUGUUGUCACCUGCCCUGGUAUCUUCCCGAUGGUGUUUACCAUCCUUUGGCGUCGACAUAGCAAAGCAGCCGCCAUUCUAUCUCCAAUCCUUGGCUUAGCCACCGGACUGGCUGUCUGGCUGGGCACAGCCUCUCAUUUUGGAGGAGAGGUCUCUGUCGCAACAACCGGUGAGGUACUCCCGUGUGUCUAUGGCACCGUGGCCUCUUGCUUUUCGCCAAUCUUCUACUCAAUCGUGAUCACUUUUAUCAAGCCUCAGGAUUACGACUGGGCCGAGUUUAAAAAGGAGAAACUUUCUCUUGAAAAGUUAGAAAGUGAUCUUACUACCGCUCAUCAUCGCGAAAGACAGAGUCCAGAUGAUCCCAAUACCAUUGAGGAUGGGGGCACUCGCAGUGCCAGUUUCGAUGCGCAGGAACUGAAGCGAUGGGGUCGAAUCGCGGCCUUGUGGUCGGUCGCAACUUUUUUAGGACAUUGGGUGAUAUGGCCGUUGCCGAUGUACGGAUCUCACUACGUUUUUGAGAAGAAGUUCUUCGUCGCCUGGGUUGUGGUUGCUGUGAUUUGGCUUUGGGGCACUAUGCUUAUCGCGAUCUUUGCACCGCUACUUGAUGGUGGUAUUCAACAAAUUGUUCAGGUCUACCGUGGUCUCACAGGGAAAGACAUUCCCGCAAGCGCAAUCUCCACUGAGGAAAAGCAGGGCACAAAGACCUCCCCAUUCUCGCCUUCUGAAAGCUCGGUUAACGAUGUUGCGCGAGGCAAGGAGUCUGGUAGUGAGGCUAUUUAA